AACAGAUGUCCCAUUUAAUUUUCAAUGGCUGUGUAUCAGAAAUGACGAAUUUCUUAGUCAACAAGACCUACUCUAUUCUUGCGUAACUUGGAAUUGAACCAGCAUCUUUUUUUAACAGAUGAAUAGGUAACAGACAUGCAGUAUGAAUGGAGGUGAGCCUGCCACGUUGGCUUGGCAGUUUGAAAACUUUACCAAGGCAGGCACGUGUAAAUCUGUAUUAUCUACAUUCCAUGACCUCUGUGAGGCAGCAGGACUUAAACAUGACACACACGCCAACUUUUAUCGUAGACUAAAAUCUAAGAUCAACUACUGGAAGGCUCAGAAUAUCUGGGUUAAACUUGACAAGCAUGCUUCCAGGAAGGAAUACCGUAGAGGCGAGGCCUGUGCUAAUACAAAUGUGUUGGUAAUAGGGGCCGGACCCUGCGGACUAAGAACUGCUAUAGAAUUAGUAUUACUUGGAGCUAGAGUAGUAGUGGUAGAAAAACGAGACAGUUUCUCACGGAACAAUGUACUCCAUCUCUGGCCAUUCCUUAUCACUGAUCUCAAAAAUCUUGGGGCCAAAAAGUUUUUUGGAAAAUUUUGUGCUGGUGCCAUAGACCAUAUCAGCAUCAGACAGUUACAAUGUAUACUGAUGAAGGUUGCCCUCCUCCUUGGAGUAGAGAUUCAUGUAAACACAUCAUUUGAUGGCUUGAUAGAGCCACCCUCAGAUCAAUCUCACAAAACAGGAUGGAGGGCUAAAAUUACACCAGAAGAUAGUCCUGUUGCUGAGUUUGAAUUUGAUGUGUUAAUUGGAGCUGAUGGGAAAAGAAAUACAUUGCAGGGGUUCAAGAGGAAAGAAUUUCGAGGAAAACUUGCCAUAGCCAUCACAGCCAAUUUCAUUAACCGUAAUUCACAACAAGAGGCCCGUGUAGAGGAAAUCAGUGGUGUAGCGUUUAUAUUUAACCAAAAAUUCUUCAAAGAUCUGAAUGAAAAGACUGGGAUUGAUCUGGAAAAUAUUGUUUAUUAUAAAGAUGACACUCAUUAUUUUGUUAUGACUGCUAAAAAAUCUAGUCUUCUGGAUAAAGGAGUUCUUUUGCAGGAUCACCCAGACACAGCCACACUGUUAUCACAACAAAACGUAUGUAAAGAUAAAUUACUAAACUAUGCCAAAGAGGCUGCCGAUUUCUCCACAAAUCAUCUUCUUCCUCAUUUAGACUAUGCCAUUAACAACUACGGACAACCAGAUGUGGCCAUGUUUGACUUCACAUCUAUGUUUGCUGCUGUUAAUGCCUGCAGGGCUGUUAAAAGAAAUGGUCAUACUUUACUCAGUUGUCUUGUGGGGGAUAGCUUGUUAGAGCCUUUUUGGCCUACAGGUUCAGGUUGUGCUCGAGGUUUUUUGGGAGGAUUUGAUUCAGCAUGGAUGGUAAAGAACUGGGCCUCUGGGAAGAUGACACCAUUACAAGUCAUUGCAGAGAGAGAAAGUAUUUACCAAGUGUUAUCUCAAACUACUCCAGAAAAUCUAAAUAAAAAUUACAGCGAAUAUGGCUUAGAUCCCAAUACAAGAUAUUCCAAUAUGAACUUUAGGACAGUGUUACCACAACAAGUAAGGCAUUUGUAUGACACAGGAGAUGGUACUUACAGUGAUGAAAUCAUAGAGGUGCCUGCUAAACGACCAAGAAAUGAUGAGUAUAUUGACAGUUAUUCAUUGUUACGCUGGUCUCAGAGAGUAUUGAACAACAGUGUGUCGUACAGAAAUGUACACAUCAUCGAUCUGACGGCAUCCUGGAGAAGUGGACUGGCUCUUUGUGCUCUUAUACAUUACUUUAAACCUGAUCUCAUAGAUUUCCAAUCAUUAUUAUCUAAUGAACCAAUCCAGAAUAACCAGUUAGCAUUCAGUGUGGCAGAAUCUUCACUUGGUAUAAAACCUAUGAUGACACCCCAGGAGAUGGUCAACUGUUCCCUUCCUGACAAACUAACCAUGGUCUCUUAUCUGUCUCAAUUCUAUCAUAAAUUCAAGAAAGAAAGACUUGCAAAUGCUGAAUCUGCCAGUACUGUGUUGUUGAGAGAUGAGCCACAGAAAUCCCACAAGUCUCCUCUAAGUAGGCUGUCCAUACUACAAAAACUUAGGAAUAGCACAAAGUUUCACAGAUCAAAAAAGAGAAAAGAUAAAGAUGAAGACAAAGUCAUUGAAUCUUCACUGUCCAAACGAAAACACAAAUCACCUGAGCAUUUUGAGAAGACUGAAGUAGAGUUAACCAAAUUUAACAAACUGCCAAUGGAGGAGAUUGCCAAUAAACUUGACAUGAAUCAGAAGUUCAAGGACAUCAGUAAUCAAAAUAAGAUUGACAUUGAAGGCAAUGUCAAGGUUAGUGCCAUGGCAGAAAUAUUGGCAUCCAAAUUCCAGAGUCAAGCAGAGCAAGCAGUAAACCAAACACCGGUCAAGAAACUGAAGACUCCAGGUGUAUUACUAGCAGCAACCCCAGUAAGUGAGACCUGUUUCUUCUGUAAGAAACGUGUGUACCUUAUGGAGAGGAUGAGUGCUGAGGGUCUAUUCUUCCACCGAGGAUGUCUCAAGUGUGAUUACUGUGACGUGGGAUUACGCUUGAAUAAUUAUAGUGCUGAUAAACUGCCAAGUGGGGAAGUGAAGUUUUUCUGCUUCCGGCAUUCCAGGUUAGAAAUGAGAUUUUCUAAAUUCAAAAGAAAACGAGGAUACAAUGAAGAAGAGGAGCAGAUCAAGGAAAAUAUUCCAAAGGUUGUCCUUGAUGCUGGUCCAUCACCAAAGCCUGAAAGGAGAACAUCUCCCAAAAAAAUUCCAACGCCAUUAACCCCUCCGUUAUCCCCACCUGAUGAUGAGCCAAAACCAAAGAAGACACCAGAGCGUAUAGAGUUUGAGAACAGUAUAGAUGGUCUACAGGAGGAGUCUGAGGAGGAGCUUACAGAACACAAUCUGAGGGCGUCCAUGUCAUCCGACGCCUUACUUCUAGACAUGGACGAUGACCUCAGUGACUCAGAUUUAGAUGAUUUAAUAGAUUAUGAGAUGGCUCACACGCUGAGUCAAUGGCCAAGCGAUGAUGAAGAAUUGAAUGAGGUUCUCAAUGAGACCGUGGGACACAGUAAAGAUCUGACUUUAGAGGAAGCAUUACAGGUCGUGGAAACAUUGAAAAGAAAGUCACAUGAGAAUCUAUUGGACGCUCUGAAACUUGAAAGUCAGAUACAGUAUGAAAAGAUGAACAAACCACCAGAGGAGGAAGAAGAAUCAGAUGCUGAUUCUGAUACAGAUGAACAGGAUGAUUCUACAAGUGAAACUGAAAAGGAAACUGACCCCAGUAAGGAGAGUGAACCUAGUCAACACAAUGGUAAAUUAUCUCUGGUUAUCAAUCAGGAGAAAAGUCCAUCAGCAAUGAAAUCAGCCAGAGCAAACUUCUUUAAUACCCCACCAGAACCAGUCCGAUUAGACCCUUUUAAAAUGUUCCCUGACAUGGGAAAUAAAACGAAAGAAUUGAAAGAAGUGAAGAAAUCCACAUCAGAAGAAGAGGAAGAAUUUGUAGAAGAAGAAAUAAUAGAAAUUGAAGAAUGGGAAGAAAUCGCUGAUGAAGCAGAAAAGGUAAUCAAAAAUGUUAAUGGAGAACUGAGUGAAGAAGAUGAGGGAGAAAAUGUUGACGAAGAUCAAGAUGAAAAUCAGGAGGAAAAUGUGGACGAGGAUCUGGAAGAAAAUGUAGAUGAAAAUAAGCAAGAUACUGGUGACGAGUUUGAAGAAGUGUUUGAAAGUGACAAUGAGAAUAUGUCUGAUGGUGAAAAUGAUAGAACUGCCGUUCAGAAUGAAAUGGAGAAAUUAUUGGCAGAUCUUGAUCAUAAAUCAUCUGUCAGUAGUAAUGAACAUAUAUUAAAAACCGACAGUUCGUCAGUUUGUGACGAAGAGUUGGUGAUGUCUGACGAUAAUAGAUAUGUGAUGUCAGAGGAUAAUCAUGCUGAUAUUGAAUGUGAAGAAGAGGAUCGUAUCUCCAGAAAUAAUUCAAAAAGGACAAGCAGCAAUGGUAGUUCUAAAAAUACAACGCAGGCUGUCUUAGAAAGUGUAAGAAAUAUGGGAAGUUCUGAUGAAAAUAAAGACUUUGCAGGUAUUGACGAUAGAUUUGUGACAUGUUCUAGAGGCAGGGGUAGAAAUCAAACCCCUGGUAAGAAACAAUAUAGGAAUUCAAUAGGAUCUGAUUCAAGCUUUACAAUCUCAACUCCAAGUAAUUCUGCUCAUUCCUCAUUAACUUCCCUUUCUGAAGACAAUAGAAAAUAUGGCGGAGACGAUGAGCGGGAGGAUGAUACCCCAGAUAAUGAUUUGGACGAUGAUAUUUUCCGUCAGUAUCAAGUUACGAUAAGUCAGAAACUUGAUGAUGACGAUGAAGAAGAAUACUCAGAGGAAGUGACUCCUUGUGUACUUGAUAAUUUAGAUGAUACAUUAAAUGCCGAAAAGGAAAUUGAAAUGGAUAAUGAGCCGAAAGAUGUGGAUAAAAGUAUUUAUGAAACCCCAAAUGCAAGUGUUACUAGUGAUACGUUUGUAUCUGCUGGGAAUUCAAUUAAUAUGAAUAAUAAUUAUGAAAAGUCUCCAACAUUGGAAUCUAAAGAAUCAGAAAGUUGUGAAAAAUGUAUCAGUGAUGAAAGUGUACUCAGUUCUGAAAAAAAUAGUGAUACUAUAAACCAUGUGACUUCUCAGAAAAGAGUUAUCUCCCCUCAGAUCAGUAGUGAUGGUAGUGAAAUAGGCACUGAACAAAAUGGUGUGAGCAAUCAGAAAAAAUUAAUAGCCCCAUUGAUUAAUAGUGAUGGUUCUAUCUGGAGGCCUUUACCCAAAUUACCAGACCAUUUAAAUACACAACAGAAAAAGGAACAAAUUUACGAUAAUGCAAGUCCCCGUAAAAGUUCCACUUCUCCAAAAAUUUCAAAGAGUAAGAAAUUGCUUCAAAGACAAAAGAAACUUCCAUUAGAUUCAGAAGAACAAUCAAAUAAUGUAAAAAGUUCUGAAAGAAAAUUGAUUACAAUCGAUAAAAGUUUAGAGGAUUUUAAAAUUCCUUCUGCUGUGACGGAACAUACGAAAUCAGUUGGUGUUUUUUACAAUGAUGUUGAAUAUUCCGGUAUUGAAAGUAAGGAGAAAAAUUUAUCUGUUAAUGAAGGGAGAAAACUGCCAGAUAUUAGCAAUCUAAAGAGCAGAAUUACUCCCCCUGGAUUCCAAAGUGAGUUCAUGAGGAAACGUCUUGGAUCUCCAACAUCGUUAGGAUCAAAGACGCCAUCUAGUCCAGAACCUUCAAAAUCUGUUUCAACAAGUACAAAUACCCCUCGUGUUCUUUCAGAUACCCCUGAUAUUAUAAAAGAUGUAAAUAUGAAGAAAACCAAAAUCUCAGUUGACAAAACAAAAUUAACGGCAUUUAAUAGUAUUGAAGAUAGUUCAAGUCAGAAUGAAGAAGGUGCAAGGAAAAAAAUAGGUGUUGAUGUCAGUCUUAAAAAUAUUAGUCCCCCCGUUGUGUCAGUGGAACCAAAAAAUAUUGACGAUAUUCCAUUUGCCGAUGAUAGUGAAGAUGACUAUUUAGAGGAAAAAGAUCAAUUUUACACUCCGAAGACAUCUGUAAAAACAAAACCUGAUAAUAAGAUCGAAAUACAAAAUAAGGAUGUUCGUAAACGUAUCUUGCCUGUUCCGCCAACACCAAGUACACCGAAUGCCGAUCAUAUCAGGGAACUUAAAAAGGAAGAAAUAAGUAAAGCUAGAGAAAAUGCUAGAAUUAAAGCUAGGUUGAAAAGUGAUGAGGAAUUAGGAUUAUCAGACAUAAAUUAUACCCCUAUAUCUGCUAAGAAAAUUCAACGCAAGUUGCGCAAGGAAUUAAGUACUGGGACUUCAAAUACCCCCAGUACAAGUGACAUGGUUACAGAUAGCGAAGAAAACAAAAAAGUUGGAAUCUUACAUUCGACACCUAAUAAUUCUGUCUUUAAAACACCGAAAACAAAAGACAAGAAAAAGAAAAAGAAACAAUCUUUAGAUAUUGUAGAAAGUGGACUAUCAAAAGAAUCUGAUACCGAAACUCCUUCAAAAUCUACAAAGAAAAAGAAAUCCUUAUUACAAAUUCUUAAACCCAAUAAAUCUCCUGAACACAAAGAAUUAAAGGAAAAAAAUCGUUCAUCUUCUACUGACACACUGGAAGAAAAAUCGGCAAAGAAAAAGAAAAAGACUCCAAAAUCAGAGAAGAAGAAGAAACGACAAAAGUCUACAGAUAUAGUAGAAAUGAAAGAUUUACCAACUGUGUUUUCUGAAAAAGUUAAACUUCGGCAGAAUGGGUCUCAAAAACGUCCAUCUUUAUUGCAGAGAAGAUCUAUGCCACCAAGAGCUGAUUUUGAUGAGUUCUCAGAUUCAGAUGAAAGUCAUUUGUCAGCAGAUGCCUCACUUAAUAGAAGAUCUAAGAGAAAUUUAACAGAGGAUGAACUGAAUAUAAAGAUUGCUCGCCGUGUUCAAUCAGCAGCUCGUAAACAGUUGAAGCAGAAAGAACAGAAGAGAUUGAGGAUAGCACAGGAGAUACAAAGACAACUAGAAGAGGUGGAUGUUAAACAAAAGGAGUUAGAGGAGAGGGGAGUUGUUGUGGAGAAAGCUCUAAGGGGAGAAGGAGAAGAUGCAGGACGAGAUGAGGCAGGAUUGAUGCAGGAAUGGUUUAAUCUGGUAUAUGAGAAAAAUGCUUUAGUCAGAUAUGAAUCUGAACUUAUGGUCAAUGCCCAAUACAUGGAGCUAGAAGACAGACAUGGCCGAUUAGAACAAGAACUUAGAGAAAGAAUGGCUAUCAACAAAACAGGUCGUAGAAGUAACCGAUUCUCGACGAGCGAGAUGACCGAGGUUUAUUUACCUCGGAAAUAUGAGCAAAAGACCCCUGAACAGGCAGCAGAGGAGAAACGAAUCCUUGAUGAAUUGCUAGAGGUUGUUGAAGAGAAAAAUAACCUUGUUAAAAUGAUCGAAGAAGAUAGAGUCAGAGAGCGAGAAGAAGACCGAGACUUAAUGGUCAUGAUGCGUGCCAAAGGUUUUGAUUUGGAUCCCAUAGAUCAUACACGACACUUGAAGAAUUCAUGUGGAUUCCCACUAUCAUGUUAACAAACUAUUUCAUAUGAUUUGUACUAAAACCAUAAAUAUCUGCAGUGUAAGACUUCUGGCCAUCUGAAGGGAUAUGUUCAUUUGACAGUACUUUGCAUUCAAAAGAAAGUUCUGUAAGUUGUGGUUUCGAUAAAAAUGAGGACCAAUUAUUUUGCAUAAUAGAAAGGAAGGGAGUUUCACAAAAAGCAUCAAGUGUUGAUUUAGUAAAAUGAGAGGUUUCUUUUUCACCAAAAAAAAUUUAACUUAUUUCAUUUUCUGGUCAAAAUUUGAAGGUAAGGCUGAUGUUCUUGGUAAAUGUUUAGAAAUUGAUCUCUGUGUGUGGUUGAUAACUGAUGUUAAUUAAUUAAAAAAUGCAAACAAGAUUUUUAUUAGACAAGACACCUCGAGGUAUCUGAAUAUAGUUUUAAAAAAUACUUGUAGUAUAGAUAGGACAAUAAUUAACAACUGGUACAUAUAACAUGUAUAAGCACCUUAAAGUGAUAGGACUUUAGAUCUUAAAGAACUUUCUAACAAGAAUCAUUGUGAAAUUGUGAGUUCAUUUAUGUGUAAAGAAGUGAUUCAUAUUUAUUUUCUGAGUUUGUUGAUGAUUUGAUUGUACAAAUCCUCAUCAAAACCUUCUGUGAAGGUACCAAUAUGUGCAAUGUCUCAUACAAUGUAAAUAAUCAUUAUAGGUGUGUGUAUGUGUGUGCUAAUGUGUAGUGUGCAUGGGAGAUAACUCUGUCAUUCAAUGAGUUGUUGAAAGUAGGUUACACCCAUUAGAAAAAUAGCAAAUAAAGCUAAGGUGGCAGUUUUGUUGCUUUUUACAAACAUUUAUAGAAUGUUUUCAUAGGGUCACAAUUUUUCAUACCAAUUAGAUAUUGGAUUUAAAUACUUAUUUAUUUGUAGGUCAUCUUGAGGGGAAAUAUAAUAUGUAGAAGCAAUUUAUGCAUUUAAAAAUAUUAUUUUUAACCCAAAAUUGUUCAUAUUUUUCAACUUUUCACCAUGAUUUAAUCACUGCCAUUUUAAUCUGUCAAAGAUGGAUUUUAAGUUUAUAUCAGUAAUAAAAGGUUGGCUCAGAUUUGAUACACAAACCAGUUUUCAUGGUUGAUGUUAAACAUAAUAAUACGAUUUUGUUUAUCAUGGGUUUAAUACACGCUUUAAUACUUCUUUGAUUUACACAAACAGUAAUUGCUUUACUUAAAAAAAUAUAGAAAUUGUUGGAUUUGCAAGUUUUAAUCUGAUGAAUAAUUUAAAAGACUUAACAUAGAUAUUACAAAGAUUUGAUAUUAAUAAAUGAUAUGGAAGUAAACCAGUGUUACAAAAAAACUGCUAUUAACUCAAAAAAAUUAUAACAUAUGAAGCUGAAUGGUUGAAAUGCUUUUAGCUACAAGUAUAAAGUCAAAGGUACCAUAAAAAUACCUGCCAAGAAGAGAAAUUUUUCAUGUUAAUUCAGAAUUUGUUAUUUGCUACAGUUUUUUGCUGUGAUUUUGAAGAUAUAUAUCUUGGUUGUUUAUUUUAAAAUAUUAUGCAACAUAUCUUGUUAAGAAAAACAACAUGGAGUUGUGUGAUAUACCUGUUUUGUUAAAAAAAACAAAAAACAUUACAUUUGUUUUUGGACUUUUACGAUGAUAAAAUGAAACAAAUUAAAUUAAAGGAUUUUUACAUUACAUUAUGAUCCUCAUGUGACAACAAGAUUAUUUAGUUUACACAUCAUGAUUUUGUCUUCAUUCAGAGACUCAAAUUAAGUACAGCUUAAUUUUAAAAGGACAACAUGCUUAAAAGGUCAAGGUUUCAAAAUUCUAUUAUUCAAGUUUUUGCCAAUAUUAUCAAAUGAGAUUUAUAAUAUGGACUUAAAAUGCAUUACAUGUAUAGGAAAGCAAUUCAGAUAUGGUCAUAAAAUAUUGUAAUCAAGAUUUAUUUACAAAAGUGUACUGUACUUUGAAAGCAUCGGGAAAAUGUUUCUCAUUCUGAAAGCAAUAAUGCAGAUUUUUGCUAUAAGUUAAUUUGACGUUUAGUGGUUGCAAUUUUCAGUGUAUGAUUUGAUAUGCAAAUACAAAAAAAACAUGUUCAUAGAUAUAAGAAGAUGUAGUAAGAGUGCCAAUAUUCAUGUGUAUCAAGUAUUGAAUAUUUUUAUAUCAGUUUCAAGAACAAAUUUCAAUAAGCAAUAGAUCAAAUGAGUAUAUUCCAUGACACAUAAUGAGGUGACAAUGUUCAGUUAUAAUUUUUGUUAUACAGACAAGUUGCCCACAAAAAUAUUCAAAAGGGUUGAUUAUUUGUUGUCAAAGAUAAACAAAAGCAUCUAAGUGGUAUAAAUAUAAAGGUAGUUGGAUGGCCAGACACAAAAAAGAUUUACAUAAAUUGAUAUUUAGAAUAUAGAUAAUAAAGAUAGGAAAACACAUUUAUUAUAUUUAUGUGGGAACAAAAAGAAAAUCACAUAUUCAGAAGUAUUAGUUUUUUUCUUCUAGUAUAUCAUUAUUAAGGUAAACUUUAAUAGUUUUUGGUUCGAGGGACUAAAAUUUCUGCAUUUAACUGGGGACUACAAAAGUCCUUAUCACUAAUUUUAAAAUGUAUAUGUAUUAAAGGUAGUGUAGUCUAUGCACACAUUGAGAUUACACCUGAUUUUAGUGUUCAGUAUGUGUUUAAUUAAUACGAUGAAUAAAAAUGUACAAAUUAUGUGAAUUUUAUUUUUUUCAGACCAUAGUAUCAAAUACUAGCAUUCUUUAAGAUUCACAUAUAACUUGUAUAAUUUUUAUUUAUUUCAACGAUAUUUGUCAUCAUCAUGAAUAAAAACAAGUAACUACUUGACUUUCAUGUAAGACCAUUAAUUUAUUUUGUAUACUUUUUAGGACUUAUCAUUUGUACUAUUCUUUUACACAUAUGUCUAGUCACAUUAUAUUUUGGUUGUACAGCGCUUGCAUAUUUAUUAUGUAUAUAGCUAUCAGGGUUGUGAAGAAUGGCCAUUAAAAUAAUGAAAAUUAUUAAA